AUGAGAAAAAACUAUACAAACAAUACAAACGAAGAACGAACGAACAGAAGUGGCAGCAACAGUAGCAGUAACAUUUAUGCUACCCUACUGGGAAACAACGCGGGAAACGCAGGAGAUGUGAAUAAUCCAAAAGUGCAAGGAAUAUCACCAGUAAUGGAAAUAGAUCCAUUUAAGCGGUCUUCGCGACUUAGCAGAUCUGCCCUAAAGAUGCUCAGCAUAGAAAAACCAUCGCGAACAAGAUCAUCACCACCAAAGCUGCAAGACAACACGCCGCAAACGAAGGCGGUAAAACCUCCCGGCGACAAUAUGAGUGAGCUUGGAGAAGAAAUUAAGAAGUUGACAGAAAUGAUGCGCCCACCGCAGCGAACAAUCAACAAUAAUCUUAGGGACCUCGUUGGCAAUAUAACGAAGACGCGAAAAAGCCUUAGAGGAGUACCAAAAGAUCAAGGAAGCAAGACGGAGUAUCCUAAAUAUGCCCGCAACAACGGAAAUAACGCCAAAAAUAUCUCGAGAAGAAAAACAGGCGAAAAGGCAGACUCCUCCAAAACAGAACAAAACCACCCAUGGAGAGGAACCAAAGAAGGUUAA